AUGAUUUUCGGAAGGAUCAGCUGUUUGCGGAGAUCAGCCCUAGAGGUGAACACCUACCACCUCAGUUCUGGCAUUGCUGCUUCGGCGAGAAGGAACCUCUGGGCAGCGGCCCUCCACAAGCUGCAGGAGAUGCACUCUUACGCGACACCUCCGAACGAGUACAGCCUCAGUUCAGCCAUUGUUGCGGGCCAGCAAGAAGGACAGUGGCGGGUUGCAGUGAACAUCCUUUCUGGCUCGGGCAAUCCUGGCCUGCACCAGCAUGAGAUACUCAGCGCUGGCGUGAUGAGGGCAAGCGUCGAAGCUGGGUGCUGGGACGUUGCCGUCGAGAUCCUUCUGCAAGCCUCGGCGAAGCGUCUUCACCCCACGGAGAGGACAUUCAAUGCCGCGAUGGCACCAAGCGGUCGUGACAACUGGGCCCAGAGUGCAGGGCUUCUACAGAGGAUGCGCGACUUGGAGUUGUGGCCAGAUGUGGUCUCCUUCAACUCACUCAUGGGAAGCUCUCAAGGCUGCGCCGACUGGACGCUUGCUUUGCAUCUUCUGUGCAGCUUGCGCCGGCUAUCUUACAGGCCAACCGCUGUAAGCCGUGGCGCAGCUGCCAGUUCUCAGCCUUGGCGAUGGGCUGUGCAGCUGACUAGAAACUGCAGAGACAACGCGAGCCGAUCAUCGGUGCUGGGCUUUGGAUACUGGUCCAUGGCCCUCCAGGUCCUGCACCAGCUGCCAGCCACAGCACUACGGCCAGACGCCCGCUUUGGCAACGAGGUCCUCCGAGACUGCGCAACCGACAGCUGGCAAUGGUCCCUGCAGCUCCUCCACUUUGGUGGUGAGCCCGAUCUGAUCCGACGAAAUUCCGUUUUGGGCGCGUCGAGAAGUGGCAGCCAAUGGGAGAUCGCACUGGCCCUGGCCUCCUUGCUCGGCGCCGUGAGGUUACAGAUCGAUUCCGUGGGGCAAGCAGAAGUGGCAGGUGCCAUCGCGAAAGCUGGUCGCUGGGCUCUGGUCUUGUCCUUCUUCCGGGGGCUCUGUAUCCAACGGCACAGCCUUGACACUGCCCUUUGCAGUCUCAUCACCACAGCCUGCGUAGAUGCGAGCGAGUGGCAGCGUGCUCUGCAUCUGUUCGAUGACAUGGCCGCUUUGCGGCUCCAGGCUGAUGCUGUCAGCUGCAAUACUCGGCUUUGGGCCGUAGCGGCGAACAGCUGGCAAAGUGCUUUAAGGGAGCUUGCCCGUGCGGCUGCAAACGGCAGAGUGGAUGCUGUGAGCUGCUUGGAUCAUGUUCAGUUUGGGCUCGGCCAUCAGUGCUUGUGGACAGACGGGCCGAUGGAGGUGCUUCAGCUGCACGUCAUGUCGACAUCGUUUCAUUUUCGUAUCGAUGUGAGAGGCAUCGUGACCUCGUUCGGGAUGGAAGAAUUCUGCGGUAUGCUGUACAGCUUUUCGGGAAUCCAGCGCACUCCCGUUGAUGCCUCAGUAUCGGGAGGAUCAAAGACCUUUGAGAAGAGUGAGGGUUGUGCCCAGGCAUGGAACAAGUGCCAGAGCUCCUGCGAAAAUUACAUGGCCCUGUCUGGGUGGCCGAUGACAAGGGGGAAGGCUACAGAUGCAGUCGCAAGUGUUUUGAUGCAUCGUUUGGCCAGACCUCUUUGCUUUUCCCGAUCUGCAGUCAUUGCGAUGCUGACGGGUGGAUCUCUGGAUGACUGGGCGAAGAACCCAGAAUACGUCCUGGAGGAGGUUACCCGCCGCAAAGUGAAGCUGCGCUUCGGCACUUUCGAGGAUCGCUGUUGCGACAACGGUGGCCUUGGGGACCACCUCGACCGCCUCGCAGCGGCGGUGGCCCGGGAUGUGGAUGGCCUGUUUGGACGCUCCUGGGCUGCGAAGCUGCAGAUCACCCCGAAGGAGGAUACGGCACUGGAUGCACAUCGUUCACCUUCGUCACACAACAUGCUGCAGCGUAAAUUCGUGGACCGCGUCGAGCCUUGCCGCAUGUUGGAAACGCCUGCUGGCCGGUAG